AAGGUAUGACAUCAGUCAUUUCUGAGGUGAGAAGUCUUUCGGUCAUGACGAAUUUAUGGAUUUUGGUCCUGGGACUGGCGGUGGUGGAGGCGAGUCGAGAUCAAAAGCAGAGAGAAUUGAGAAUAGUUCCAGUGACCGAGCCCCAUGUGCUAUCUGAAGGUCCUCAUUGGGACAGAGCUACUCAAGUUCUCUAUUUCGUAGAUAUCACGAGUCAGAAAAUUAUGCGUUUGAACCCAAGGACCAGUGAAGUUACUGAGGCAUACAUAAAGAACGGCCCAGUGGGAGUGUUUGUCCCCGUCGCUGGUAGAAACAACACAUUCUGGGCUGGAAGUGGCACAGAUCUUGUGGAAGUUCAGUGGAACCCCAAGUACAACGAUCCAAAUCCCAGAAUCAGGGUUCUAUCCAGGAUCGACAAGGACCGCAAUUUCACUCGAUUCAACGAUGGAAAAGUGGAUCCAGCCGGACGCUUCUGGGCCGGUUCUUUGGGCUCAAAGGGAAAUCAAGCACUCGAUAACUUGGGAUCUUUGUACAGAUUCUCACCUAAUGGAACUCCCACGAGAAUCAUCUCACCAGUGUCCAUCAGCAAUGGACUCUGCUGGAGUCAUGAUAAUUCAACCUUUUACUACAUCGAUUCACCUACUCUCCAGGUCGUCGCGUACAACUACAAUGUUUCUACUGGGAAUAUCUCUAAUAAGAGAGUUGUUUUUACUCUCAAGAAAAUUCAUAAGGAUGAAGUCCCUGAUGGCAUGACUAUUGAUGCACAAGGACACCUAUGGGUGGCGAUACAUUCCGGUGGACGAGUAAUCCAGGUUGACCCUAAGACCGGAAAAGAAAUCAGAGCCGUGAAGUUGCCAGUGAUGGCAGUGACAAGUGUAGCUUUUGGUGGUCCCAAUCUUGACGUUCUCUAUGUGACAUCAGGAAGGGAGGGCCUCUCCAGGAGGCAACUUCGAAGGCAACCCUUAGCAGGCUCGGUUUUCGCAGUGCACGGCCUCGGAACCACUGGAGCUCCGAUGUUAAAUGUCAAAAUAUGAACAUCAAAUUGAAUAACUCCAUACGACAAAUUAAAGAAUAAUUUAAUCGGUACAUGUUUAUUGAAGUGAACAGUUGUCAUACAAAUUCUCGAGGUUUGAUUAAACUAUUUUACAUUA